UUUAUAAAUAAACAGAAGCGGACCAUCAUCUGUGAUAGACGUUGUUGUUAUUUGGUUUUAAAGUCGCAUUCAGGAAAAGUGAUAUAAAUACAGUGUGUGAUCUUAUUUAAUUCGUAAGUGAUAUAAAUUAAAAAGUAAACAAUAUUUAGCAAUGGUAUCAUCAGUGGCAUUAAGCCUUAUGCUAGCAGCAUUAACCGCAACUAAAAACGUCACAUUCGAAAUUUUAAAUAAAGAACCAGGGCCGAUUUGGAUAGGCAUCCAGGGUGAUCCCGGACAUCCACAUCUACAUAAUGGCGGUGUAACAUUGGAGCAAGGCAAAUCGAUUUUCAUAACAGCUCCUGGAAACUGGACUGGGAGGAUAUGGCCGAGAACGUGGUGCGAUCCGGGCACUAAAAGGUGCAGGACAGGCAGAUGCGGGAAGGAUGCUAUAGAGUGCGAUGGCAACAUGGGCGAACCACCCUUUACGUUGCUGGAGUUUGAUCUGAAGGGCUGGAAGGGUCUUGAUUAUUACUAUAUCACUUUGGAGCAGGGCUAUAAUUUGAGAGCAUCAAUAGAGCCAAUAGGUGGCGAAAAGACACCAGGUGAUCCAGACAGCUGCGCUAAAGUAAGCUGUGCGACAAACAUAAAUCAGCACUGUGCAAACGAACUGAAGGUGGAGCACAGCUUGCAAGUUAUAGCGUGUAAAUCUGCUUGUCUUAGACAUCCGACGGAUGAUCUCUAUUGUUGCAGAGGGGCUCAUGAUAGACCAGAAACGUGCAGAAACAAGGAUUGGCACACGGACUUCGCAUCGAUUGUCUUCAAAAAGCAUUGUCCCAAUGCUUACAGCUACAAGUUCGAUAACGCGAAACGAACUUUUACAUGUAAAGCCUCCCAUUACAGGAUAGAAUUUGGAGAUAUUAAUAAUUAAUGUAACUUUGUAAAUUAAUAUUAAUAUGUAAAUAUACUAUUUGAAAAUA